CUCAGUUGGAGACGCGAUUUGACGAUCGACGGACGGGCGCGAUUCAAAGUUUCGAAAGUGAAAAUUUUAAGCGUAAAGUUUUAAAAUGAAUUGAAUUGAAUACAGCAUAUGUGUAUGCUAUAAAAUUUUUAUUCUACAUAUGUAUGUACAUACAAGUGUGUGUGCUAUUUGUGUGUGGGCAUUGUUUUCACCCGUUACUGGAAAAAAAUCAGAAAACCGCGAACGUAAAACAAUAAAAAUGUUUAUCAGGGAUUAUUUUAUAUCUCUAAAGUCACGCUCUGAGCAUAUUUUUGAAAAAUGUAUACGUAUUGAAAAUGCGCAAAAAACCAAAAUAUGCACAGUAAUGUACUGACGCUUUAAUCUCUAACUCUAUCUUAAUAAAGGAAUCGGUCUCUUGUACAAUUUUCAUGGAAAGGAGUAUGCCUGAUAACAGCCGAGUAAUGGAUACCAGUGAACAUGAAUUGAGUGACAUUAUCGAGAUCAUAACGCCAGAAUUAGACGGCACCACGGCCACAGCGAAACCUUACCUGCAUGUUGUGGAGCAACCUACCCGGAAGCCUAUGCGAUUUCGCUAUAAAUGUGAAGGCCGUACUGCUGGAACCAUACCUGGUGAGAAUUCCUUUCAAGAGACGAAAACUUUUCCCACUGUUGAGAUCGUUGGUUAUUGCGGGGAAGCUUUAAUUCUCGUGUCGUGCGUCACAAAGGAUAAGCCUUAUAGACAACACCCUCAUCAGCUGGUAGGUAAGAAUUGCAAGAGUGGCGUAUGCACACGAAACGUUGGCCCCGGUCUGCCAUUGCGGGCGGAGUUCAGCAACGUCGGCAUACAAUGCGUGCGGAAAAAAGAAAUUGCUGAAUCCUUGGAGGAACGAAAAAAGAAAAAGGUCGAUCCGUUUAAGACUGGAUUUGAUCACAUUAGCGACCCGAAUUCAAUUGAACUGAAUUCUUUGCGGUUGUGCUUUCAAGGCUUUUUAAAAGGUGCCAAUGGCUGGGAGCCACUAAGCCCGGUGGUAUCGGAACCACUGUACGACCGAAAAGCAAAAAGUGAAUUGGUUAUAAGCCGCCUUUGCAGCUGUUCUGCGACAAUCGAGGGUGGACAAGAAAUAAUUUUGCUCUGCUCGAAAGUCAACAAGGAUGACAUCAAAGUUCGUUUUAAGGCAAUCGAUAACAAUCAAGAAGUGUGGCAUGCUUACGCCGAUUUCGAACCAUCCAAUGUACAUAAACAGGCAGCUAUCGCUUUUCGCACACCGCGCUAUCCUCAGGCGGAUUUGCCAAAAACUGCCAAGCCAUAUAUUGAGUUGGAAUGCCCAAGCUUGGAUAAGAGAAGCGAAGCUUUGGAGUUCGUUUUUCAUGACCCAGGUAUGCUUUCUUUUGCGAGUAUGCGCCGGAAACUUAAGCGAAGGCCUGAUGUCGAUAUAUUUCAACAUAUUUUGUCCAUGGAUAGCGAGACAACGGCUACGAAAUACUCUUGCCCACCCACCGGUGUUGAUUUUGACUUCGAUGACAAUUACACCAUAUCGACAGAACGUACAGAGAGCACCGUCAGCAAGCAGCAUAGUUUAGAUACGCUCAAUGAAACCGAAAGUAUAGCCCGGCGCAAUAGAGAAAGUGUGACCGAUGACUGUGACAUGGACUUCGAAUGCACCAAUGGCAUUGAAGUAGAGUUGGAAGUGCCUGAAAUUAAGUACUCAGCUGCGGAUGCCGACACACAGACAUCCACACCCAUGAAUGAUGUGCUAAGGCAUCCAUCCUUGGUUGGAUCGCGUCCGUUGUCCGCAGUCGAUAAGAUCACUGAGUGGAUGCACUCUAGUGAGUUCGAACGUACGGACAGCCUGACUGUUGAAAACGGUGAUACAACUUCGUUGAGUCCAAUAACAGUGUACACCAAUGUCACCAGUUUAUCGACGAACCAUACGACCAUAUCGACCGCCACCGACGAAGACAAGACCUUCACAGACCACAUGGAACAAGAGCCUAAGCUCGAUGACAUGAGCAAUGAUCUGCAAUCUCGACGCGGCACAUUUGACAACCCUAUGCUACAAUGCUUGUCUCUUGGGGGCUCACCCAUUGGCGACAAUAAAUCUGUGGAAACAAUGGUUGAGAUAAUCACCACUAUUCCUAAAAAUACUAGCACUAGUACAUACGCCUCUGUGGAUGUAGGUGAAAGCUUCGAAGAGACGUCUACAUGUGACAGUUUGCAGAUCGCUUUCAGAAAUCCGCUCUCAAUGCCCAGUGGCGGAAAACAAGCCUCAGAGGUCAUCGUCAAUGACGAAUAUGGUUUGGUGGUGUUGAAAAACCCACCUGCCCCAAAAAUACGUGUAAAUGCCGUUCAAACGCCGCCCUCUCCACCUUCGCCUCCCCUACCGCUACCACCGCGCACUCCUUCACCCGGCCCAGAUCGAAAGCUUCCUCCAUUGCCGCCCAAGCGCAAAACUACUCAGGAACUUAAUUCAAACUCACCGACCUCUUUCAGCUCCGUAGAACACUCACGCGCCAGUAGUAUUUCAUCACGUCCCCCAUCGCAAAUCAUUAUAAUGCGUACACCUGACCAAAGUCCAACUAAACGCCAACCCACACCAAACUCUUCACCCAAGAAACGUCAAGGUUUCUUCUCGCGACUCUUCUCGCGACGCAAAAGUAAAAGUGAAACAAAUACUGGUGACAAAACGUUGGCAAGCAAGUCACCGCCGAAAUGCUCAACACCCGCUGUUAGUCGCGAACCUAGUAUUGGCAAUUUUUCGAUCAGCGAUCCCAAUCGAUCUUCCCUGCGUUCUGUUAAAUCUCUACAACAACCUAACUCCGACUCUUCAGCUCCCUAUAACAAUAUUUCCGUUCAAAACGAAAGCAAUAAAAAUGGCAAGCCAGUAGGUCGUAGUGUAAGCAGCGUCUCUGGUAAGCGUCCUGCCCAUUUGAAUGCCGAUGUAAUACACAUACCACUUAAGGGCGAAAACGCUAAGAGUCUGCCCUCCCACGAAGGCAAAGCCUUCACUUUCGGUCAAUACUUGGACCGCAGAACGCUUAGUGCGCUUCAACUGGCCGAAAUACCCAUUUGCGAUGGAAACAUGGAGCUCGUAGCAAUUGCUGAUCGGCAGAGCUUAAAAAAUUUAUGUGAAGGUCGUUACAAGGAAGAUAGAAAACGUCGGAAGAUUAGCGGACAAAGCCUUAUAAAUCAGAUGAACAAAGAUUUGGGUUUGAACUUAAAUUAUCAAGGCAUUUCAAUGGAUAGCGCCUUCAAUUUUCCUGUUUUUUCUCCACCUUCGGCGCAUCCGACUAUCAAGGAUGAACCAGCCGCUUUAGAAAUGCCUACAAGUACAGCGGCAAUUGGCCAACAGUUUGAUACAUACCGCAACGCGUAUCAAUUAUCGCCGUUAUCGCAGAUGUCGCCAUUAUCACCACAAAAUCGCAAUGCUACGCCAUCACCGAUCUCACCGGCCACCAACGGCGCAAAUACAGAGCAAUUGUGCUCUUUGCUGCAGGGCAGCACUCUUCAGACUGCCACAAAUUGCCAAAUGCAUGAAGUUGUAUUUAAUCAACAAGAAAAUCUAGGAUUUGGCUAUGAGGCUUCCAGUGUCAAUUUCAGUGCCUAUAACAACAAUAGUAGCACAAGCUACACAACUACAAAUAGUUACCUUGGUACUAUAAGGAAUACCACCAGUGGAGGGUGCUUUGAGCGCAUUAAUAAUGUCAGCGCAUGCGCUCCAGCGGCUUACAAUGCGCCGAUCGUCCAAGUGCCACAGGUACAACAUCCGAAUCCGAUUUCUGAGAAGGAACGGAUCGAAAGAAUCAAAAUGGAUCUCAUGCAAACACCAAUGACGUUAAUGCAAACGCCUCCACAGGCAACAACAGUUUCGCCUCCUCCUCUACAGAAUGGUUGGCUUGAAAAUGCCAAUAUUGGGUUCUUUCAAUAAACUCGAGAGAUACUAUGGUGGUAAUUUCUAUAUAAAGAACAUCGACACAUUUUUUUGUUAGUUUUUAAACUUAUCGAACAAAUAUUUAAACAUUUUUUGUACCUAAACUUAUACAAUUUAGAUAGUUAUUUUUCUGUAUAAGCGUAAAUAUUUGUAUUGAUGUUCUUAGAAAAUAAGAUUUUCAAAUUAAUAAGUAAGUAAUGCAUAUUUUUGCCAAUAUGUAUCGUUAAAAUUUAUAUGGCACAUACUCUUAUGUAUAAGCAACAUAUGUACAUACACGUGUAUAAAUAUAUGUAUAUAGAUUUGUUUACAUUGUGAUAAAUAUGUACAAACAUCA